CGGACUUAGUGAUCGCAGAGAGGAAGUGCUUUGCUGCUGGCCCCGCGAUCUGACGAUUGAACGGUCUCCAAGGAAGAGCCGAGGGGCGUCUGAGUUUAGAAGCUCAUCUCCAGGUGGAACGUUAGAAGACUCCAAGAGUAUUUCCUUCCUCAUAUUGCUGGUCCACAGCCAGAUAAUCCCUGUUUAACCUGAUAGUGCAAAGAGCUCCAUGUCUCUUUGAUCAAGUCCCAAGGAGAUAAGUUUUCAUUUUCUCAAAGGCACAGAGUUGUAGCCAGUGGUAAUUACCAUCAUGGAGACCAAGAGCCAUAACGACCUUCAGGAGAGACUCACACCCUCCAGCAAUGAGAGGACAUCAGUGGAUGGCAAUAAGUUAAUUGGAGCCGUUAAAGACGAAGACAUCGAGCUGGUCCAACAAUUGCUGGAAAGAGGGGCUGAUGUCAACUUCCAGGACGAGUGGGGCUGGUCACCUUUGCAUAACGCGGUACAAAGUUGCCGGGAGGACAUGGUGGAUCUUCUGCUUCGUUAUGGUGCUGACCCUUGUGUGAAGAAGAAGAAUGAGGCCACUCCCUUCAUCAUUGCUGGGAUUGUGGGAAAUGUGAAGCUGCUCAAACUUUUCCUUUCUAAAGGUGCGGAUGUCAAUGAGUGUGAUGCCAAUGGCUUCACAGCUUUCAUGGAAGCCGCUGUGAAUGGGAGGGAUAAAGCCUUAAAUUUCCUGUACGAGAAUGGGGCAAACGUGAAUUUGAGCCGAAAGACAAAGAAGGAUCAAAAGAGGCUUAGGAAAGGAGGGGCCACAGCUCUAAUGGAUGCUGCUGAAAAUGGACAUGUAGAUGUCUUGAAGAUCCUCCUUGAGAUGGGGGCAGAUGUCAAAGCCCGUGACAAUAUGGGCAGAAAUGCUUUGAUCUAUGCAUUUAGGAGUUCUGAUGAUAGAAAUGUGGAGGACAUCACUCGCCUUCUGCUGCACCAUGGGGCUGAUGUCAAUGUGAGGGGAGAGAAAGGAAAGACACCCCUGAUCCUGGCAGUGGAAAAGAAGCACUUGGGUUUGGUGCAGAUGCUUCUGGAACAAGAACAUAUAGAGAUUAAUGAGACAGACAGUGAGGGCAAAACAGCGCUUCUGUUGGCUGUCCAGCUCAAACUGAAGGAAAUUGCUCAACUGUUAUGCAACAAAGGAGCCAUCACAGACUGUGGGGAACUUGUGAUGAUAGCGAGGCGCAACUAUGACAGUUCCCUUGUAAAGCUUCUUCUCUCUCAUGGGGCCAGAGAAGAUUGUCCCCCUCCCGCUGAAGACUGGAAGCCUCAGAGCUCACGCUGGGGGAAGGCCUUGGAACACCUCCGCAGAAUAUACCGCCCUAUGAUUGGCAAACUCAAGAUCUUUAUUGAUGAAGAAUAUAAGAUUGCUGACACUUCUGAAGGGGGCAUCUACCUUGGGUUCUAUGAAGGGCAAGAAGUAGCUGUGAAACGAUUCUAUGAAGGCAGCACACAUGGACAUCAGGAAGUCUCCUGUCUGCAGAGCUCCCGAGCAAACAGUGACUUGGUGACAUUCUACGGGAGUGAGAGCUACAAGGACUGUCUGUAUGUGUGUCUUGCCCUCUGUGAGCAGACCCUGGAGGAACACUUGGCCAAGCACAGUGGGCAGGCUGUGGAAAACGAGGAAGACGAGUUUGCCCGAAACACCCUCUUAUCUGUAUUUAAGGCUGUUGAAGAGCUACAUCUGCUGUGUGAAUACACUCACCAGGAUCUGUGCCCACAAAACAUCUUAAUAGAUUCCAAGAAUGCUGUUUGCCUGGCAGAUUUUAAUGAAAGCAUCAAGUGGACUGGAGAGCCGCAGGAAAUCAAGAGAGAUCUACAGGCCCUUGGACAGCUAGUCCUAUAUGUGGUAAGGAAGGGAGAGCUCCCUUUUGAGACACUGAAGACUAAAAGUAAUGAAGAGGUGAUUCAACUUUCUCCAGAUGAGGAAACUCGGGACCUCAUUCAUCAACUGUUUAACCCUGGAGACAAUGUGCAGGGGCACCUGAGUGGCCUGCUGGGUCAUCCCUUCUUUUGGAGUUGGCAGAACCGCUAUAGGACCCUUAGGGAUGUGGGAAAUGAAUCUGACAUUAAAAGGCCAUUCCUUAAAAGCAAGAUUGUCCAACUACUACAACUUGAAAAAUCUGAAUGUUCCAGAAGUUUUGCCAAGUGGACUUCUAAGAUUGACAAGUAUGUUAUGGAAGAAAUGAAUAAGUUUUAUAAAAAGAAAAAGUACACCUAUAAGGACACUGUGCAUGAUCUGCUAAAGUUCAUCCGGAAUCUGGGAGAACACAUUAAUGAAGAAAAAAAUAAGGAGAUGAGGUCGAGAAUUGGAGAACCUUUCCAGUAUUUGCAGAAGAAUUUUCCCGAUCUGGUCAUGUAUGUCUAUAAGAAACUACAGAACACAGAAUACAGAAAGCAUUUCCCAAAAACUCACAAUCCAAACAAGCAUUGGUGUGAUGAAGGUCAGCCCUCAGUGGUGGCUGAGGCUUUCGCUUUCAGGGAGGCACUUAUUUAGCUGUGUGAUCCUGGGCAUGUCACAACUCUCUGGGCCUCUUAACUAACCUGGUUGCUUGCAAGGGUGAGUUAGAUAGUGGAUGUGUCAGGUCCUGGCACAGUGUUCAGUAUUCCCCACAUGUUUAUAACCAAAAAAGUAUACACUCCAACUACCCUCCUUGUCCUUCUUACAGGUAAAGCUUAGUGGCAGGAGCUGGGUGGGGGGGGCAUCUUGCUAAGAGUCCUCUUAUCAGUUGCAACGAAGGAGUGAGUGCUUAGACCUCUAAUGCUUGAUUAUCUCAUUUGGUUCUCCCAAUGGCCUUGCAAGCUAGGGUUUGUUAUCUCCACAUAAGAACUGGCAGACCUGGGGCGCUUGGCUGGCUCAGUCGGUAAAGCAUGUGACUCUUGGUCUCGGGGUUGUGAGUUUGAGCCCCAUGGUGGGUGUGGAGAUUACUUAAAAAUCUCUGAAAAAAAAAAAAAAGAACAAGAACUGGUAGACUUGAGACUCAGACAGUUUGAACUACUUGCCCAAGAUCACACAAUUUUUAAGGAGCACUGUAUAAAUGCAUGUUGUGUUAUUGUUAUUACUCACGUGGGUACUUUUGAACUUAAUUACUAGCCCAGGGAUCUUCUGGAUGGAUCCCAAAAGGAAUAUGUCAAGGGGACUCCAGGAAGCUCAUUCAUUCAUUGACUCCACUUAUUCAUUCAUUCAAUAUUUUUUGAGCACCUAGAAUAAGCCUAGGCACUAAUUGUAUGAAUUCCAUUCCUUCUAGAACCGCCUGCACUGGUUUUCUAUGACCUUAUGGCAGUAGUUCUCAACUAGGGGCAGUUUUGCCCCUGAGGGGCCAUUUGGCAGUGUCCAGGGAUGCUUUUGGUUUCAAAUCUGGAAGAUAAGGGGAUAUUAUUGGCAUCUGGUAGAUGGAGGUCAGGGAUGACGCCAAACAUUUUACGGUGCACAGGAUAGCCCCCCCCACAACAUGGAAUUAUCCAGCCUAAAAUAUCAGUUGUACCAAGACUGAGAAACUCUGCCUUAAGGGAUCAGGACACCUUUGAAAUGACUUGGGCCCCAGGACCAUGGAUUAUGUGGACCACCUCACAGAGGAGUGACUUGGAUUUGUUUUCUUGCUUUUGAAUUUGUAGUGAAACAAUUCCAGUGUCACCUCUCCAAGAAGUCCCCUGAACACCCUCACUUUCCACACCCCAGUCCAAGUGUUCUCUCUGGCUCCCUAGCACCUAUAGCCACAUCAAAGCAUGCUUCUCUCCACCUUCACAUGCUUCUUCCCUACUGGACUAUAAGAGCUCAAGUGCCAAUGAGUUAUAUAUAUAUAAUGAUAUAUAUAUAUAUAUAUAUAUAUAUAUAUAAUUUAUUUGUAUCAUUAAUGCUUAGCAAAAAGUCUACCACAUAAAUAUUCAUUGAAAAAUGAAUGAACCAUCUUCAUACACGAAUAAUAAUGCUACCUUACAUUUUAAUGGUGCUUUAUAAUUUAUAAAUUACACCUACAUAUUUUCUCUUUUAGUUUUCAAAACAAUCCUGCAAGGUAAAUGCUGUUAUCCUCAUUUUGCAGAUGAGGAUAGAGACAUGUUGAUUUGCUCUAAUACAUAGCUAGGAAGUAUCACUGUCUUGAUUUGAACAUAUUUUCUGGCAUUAAGUCUGAUGUAUUUUCCACUUAUCCUCAUUGUGGUGGUCAAGGUGGAGCUUUGUAAUGGGAGGAUCUGGGGAAACAAACAAACAAACAAACAAAAAACAACAGUAUCUUAGGUUCUUUCUGAAGAGAAGGUAGCCUGAACCAGGCUUCAGUGACUUCAUUAAAGUCAAGAAGUGUUGGAAGUUAAACUAAACAAAAUUGACAUUAAUGUCUUCUGCUCUCACCUGUGAUUGCAUGGAUCAUUCUCUCCUUGCUUAAAAAAAAAAAAAAGGAAGUACUGGAAGAAAGAGACUUUAGGCUGUUCUAUAAGGUUUUAGAAACAAGAAGAUUGCUUUAGGUUUUAAAAUUAAGUUUUGUUUUUUUGAUUUGUAGUAAGCCUGGAUAUGUCAAUCAAAAUGCCCAUUUGUAAAGCAUAUUCAAUAAAACUUGGAAUCAUCUUAUUAA